GAUCUGGCGGAGUCGUUGCCCUUUAGUGUCUGCUCACCAUCACUCCUUCGUCUGCCGCCGGACCCCGCGAUUCACCUGCCGUAACGAGGUAGGAUUGGUCGAGUAGUCACCUUACCAGUCCACACGCCGGCCACCAAGUCUUCACCGUCUUCAGUGGCUAACCAACCUGCCGUUGGUCUGUUCUCCUGCGAGCAGAGGUCCGAAAAGAUACGCGUGCCGUUUAGUGGAUAAAAACGCAACGCAAACGUCGCCACACAAGAGACGUAGACUAAAUUGCAUGCAGGAUCAAUUCUCGUUGUGCUGCAAGUGCAUCAUCGUCAAUGACUCUUUUAGUGUUUCCGUUAUGUGCGAUUUGACGUAAUUACCGAUUUCGGUCUCGUAAACAGUUUUACCAAAAGGCUGUGCGUAAACUGACUGAUGUACUUAAGUGCCGCUAUUAUCAUGUGCCGUGGCUCAUCGUUCUUUUGAGGCUGAUGACAUUCCGAUUCAGAUUGCCGAAAGGGCUCCGGGAAGAUGCAGAACCCAAUACGCCACCUUAGGCGAAGUUUGAUAAAGCCUACAUUAAACUGCAUCUUCUGUAUAGUUUUGAUGAUUAAUGCGGUCAACAGUGCAGGGGACCUCUGGCCUCUGGAUCGGCCGGAUGGUAUGCCUUCCAUCCAAUCACUGGAGGUAAUGUGUGGCAAGGAUCACAUGGAUGUGCACCUGACAUUUUCUCAACCCUUCGAGGGCAUCGUGUCGUCGAAGGGUCAGCACGGAGAUCCGCGUUGCGUCUACGUACCACCGUCAACGGGUCAAACGUUCUUCUCGUUUCGUAUCGCGUACGCUAGAUGCGGCACCAAGCCGGAUCUGCACGGUCAGUUUUACGAAAACACUGUCGUAGUUCAAUAUGACAAGGACUUAUUGGAGGUGUGGGACGAGGCGAAAAGAUUGAGGUGUGAGUGGUUUAAUGAUUAUGAGAAGACUGCGUCAAAGCCACCCAUGGUUAUUGCGGACUUGGAUGUGAUACAGUUAGAUUUUAGAGGGGACAAUGUGGAUUGUUGGAUGGAAAUACAGCACGGGAAAGGACCAUGGGCGCCACCAGUUAGUGGGAUUGUGCCUUUGGGUUCAACGUUGACGCUUGUCGUGGCUAUCAAUGAUUACCGAGGGGAAUUUGAUAUGCGAGUAAAAUCGUGCGUGGCAUCCGACGGCGGCGGCCACGUGAUUCAACUAUCAGACGAGUUUGGAUGCGUGCUGCGACCAAAGAUGAUCAGCAGGUUCUUGAAAGCACGGGGAGCCGACGAAAGAGCUUCCGUGAUCACGUACGCCUUUUUCCACGCGUUCAAAUUUCCCGACGCGUUAAGCGUUCACAUUAAAUGCAAAGUGGAGAUAUGUAGGCACGGAUGUUUAGACCACUGCCAGCUGCAGCCUGAACACGGCGACCUUAAUCCAAAUCUGUUGCACUAUGACGGUCCGUUGGAAAGGAAGGAUGACAAAAUUGAUUCGGAGGAGGAGGAUGGGUCCAGAAGACCUGAGUCCUUGCAAGAUGAUCUGCAUGAUCUUUAUGAUGACAUUAUACAUGAAGAUUCAGAAGAGCUACAAAAUGGUGAAAAUAUACCAUCUAUAAAAAUGUCACUAAAUGCACAAAUGAACAACGGCGAUGAUUCAUCGCAGUUUAAACAGCAACAGCAACAGUCCCAGCAGCAGAAGUUACAACAGCAAAGUUACAACAACGGUAAAAGAGAGCCGCAGUUCGCGAAUACAGAUAGCGGCGUCGAAGACACAGAACCAGAAAUAACAGCAGUGCCACAUAAGGACAUGUUCCUAAUGUCCAACGAACAAUUUCCGCACGGACCUAGAACAUUUGAGGAUGGUCCAUUACUGGGAGCCCCCAGGAGUUUCUCUGACUCAAACGUCAGCCCAAUUUUCCAGGCGAACUCAGAGAAUGGUUCGGUGACUCAGAUGAAUCACUCAUCACCAGUGGUAACCAUAGUCGAAAGACUGAAACGUAAACGACGAUCUGUUGUUAUUUCUGAUCGCAAGGUGCGAAGUGCUGAUGUGGGAGUGAGCGGUAUUUACGAAGUUAUUUCUGAGGCGGACCUAGCGUUUAGUCCUGAUGGUCGCGCUGAAGCUGUAACAGUAUUUCAAGGACGUAUCCGCGAGGAAGUAGUCUACGGCAUUUGCAUGCCGGUUCCUGGAUUCAGUCUGCUGUUCGUGCUCGUUGCCGUAUCGGCAGUCGUUUCCGCUCUAGUUGCAGGCUCGUUGCUCUAUAGAUAUCAGCUGCAAAAAGAACAUCUGGCCGAACAAGCUCAACGCAAUGGACUUUUCUCCAGUUGGAUAGGACUGAGACUGCUUCGAAUGAGAGGCGCCGCUCCUGUUGUUCCGGCAGUUUCCUCCACCGAUAGCAACGGUACAGCCAUCAAUUCUGUAGUUCUAAAUGGAAAAACGGAUGAGUCUGGUCUUCGCGAUUGAAUGGCAUGGUUUUAGGCGAAAUUUGGUGCUAAAUCUCAGUAAAUUGUACCAUUUUAAACUUUUAUUUUAAUUAUUUAUUAUUAUAUAGAAACAUAGAAAUUUAUAUAGGAAAUAAGUCGAUUACGUAUGUUUCUUCUAACAUACAUAAAUAAUAAGAGUUAUCUUAUUUGGAAUUUAAAAAUUUUUUUUCCUAUUGGAAACAUAAAUUAUAACUUUAAAUGCCAGUAUUUUGUUUCGAAUUAAACUGAACGACGGUAUUUCUUCAUAGGUUGAUCAUGUUUAACUUACAAAUAAAAUUUGGUCUUUAAUAACUAAUUUAUAUAAUUAGUAUUUGAUUAGAUAUGCGUUCUUUACUUAAUUUCUUCACAUAAGGGCACAUAUGCAAUAAAUUAUGUAUAGAUUUUUCUGAAAUAUAAUUUAGAAUUAUUUAUAAAUGUAUAUAAAUCAGUAG